AUGACGAACGCGUGGCAACCUCGCGCAGCCUUAAACGGAGGAACAUCAGUGCCAGUGCCAGUGCCAGUUCCAGUUCCAUAUAUUCCCCAUCCUGCACCUAAUGCUGCUGGAAACGAAGAUACUCCAACUACAAGUUCAUCUUCCAAUAUGGGUUCCACUUGGUCGUUACUAAAGACUUUAAUAGUACCCGCAAUCAUUUCACUCAUUCUUUAUCUUCUAAUAUCAUUCGUCAUUGUUCCAUUAUGGAAAAGAUACCGAGCGAGAGCUGGUCAAUAUCUACCCUUAGAUACCAUCUCAACCCAAACAACAAGUUUACGACAACGAGUACAAGCCGCAGUGGUCAGAACAAUAUUUCCAAGUUCAUGGAGAGCGGAUUUUAAUCGAAAUAGAAUCAGUGCACAGGAUAGUAUUGAUUUUGAUGAUGAAGAUGGAGAGGAACUAUUCGAUGUGGAUGACAAUCGACGAGAAGCAUUAUCGCUAGAUGCACGACGAGGCAGGGAUGAAGAUGGCAGAAGAUUAAGUCGAGAUUUGGAAGAAGGCUUUAAAGACGAUAGCAGUGAUGAAGAGGAUGGAACCGAUAGACGACUGAGUAGAACAAUUUCACGAUGA